CGUUCCGCCAUUGAGGCCGGCCGGCUCCGGAGGUUCAUUGUGGCCGCCCCGGCGAGCGGUUCUCAGGCAGGCGCGGCGGAGGGAGCUGGGGCCGGGCCUCUGGCCACAUCAGCAGUGCCUUGGGUUGGAGUGCAGGACUGACACUGCAGAUCCUUCCUGCUCACUCCGGCCUGUCUCCGGCCCCAGCAGCCCUUUGGUAGAAUCUGCAGGAACUCACGGCUGGGAAGAUAGAGUCAAGGUCCUACCUAAAGUGGCCUUGCUUUUGAUCCUCCAACUCCACUGGAAGGUAGGCAGGACACCUCUAGGGAACACGAUUCUGUUGUAGGAGGAGCCUGUGUCUUGUCUGAGACUUCAUCACAACGUUUGAGCAGAGACUAAGGUGAAUGAGCAAACCCUGGAGCUGCUGGUUCUGCAGAGACUCGGGUAAAAUCGAAUCAUCAAGGUGACUAUGGAGAAUUCGGCUCUCACAAUUGAAGAGAGAGCACUGUCUUUUCAAGACCCCGGCCUUCCCGGAGAAGGUGCUGAGGAGGAGGAAGAAGAGGAAGGUGAGCUGGCCAGGUUCCAGAAACUAUUGACAUUCAAGGAUGUGGCUGUAGAAUUCACCCAGGAAGAAUGGGGCCAACUGAACUCUUCCCAGAAGAACCUCUUCAGGGAUGUGAUGCUGGAGAACUACAAGAAUUUUGUCUACCUUGGGCUUCCAGUUUCCAUGCCAGCGGUGAUUCUACUAUUGGAACGUGGAGAGGUGCCACGGAUGUCAGAGGGAGAAGUACCCAGAGGCAUUCAUUCAGAUUCUGUCAGUCAGGAGACUAUAUGUAAAACCAGGAACAUAGCUCCAAAGAGAGGCAUUUUCAUGGAAAUGUCAUCUCAACAAAGAAUGGCAAAGGCUGGUGGUAGUUGGAAUUCCAAUAUGGGAAAAGUUUGGGAACAUGAUAAAAUGUUAGAGAAUCAGAAAGACAACCACGAGGGACGAUCCAAACAAGUAACAGUUGUUCCCAGAAAAACUCUUAAUGAGGCAAGUGUCCUUGAAUAUAAUACAUUUGGGAGAAGCUUUCAACUUGGUUCAAUCCUUGUUCCACAACGGAGAGUUCAUACAGGAAGAAGUCUUCAUAAUUAUGAUAUCCUUGGAAAGAGCAUUAAAGAAUUUUCAGAUCUAAUUAAAUGUAACAAAACCAUCUUAGGGAAGAAUCUUUCUAAGCCUCUUGGUUACCACUCAGGUCUUAUUCAAUAUCAGAUGAUAAAUACUAAAGAGAAAUCCUUUGCUUAUAGUGAAUAUGGGAAAGUUUUCAACCAGAAUGUAAACCUUAAUAAAACAGUUCAUACUGGAGAGAAACGCUUUGAAUGUAAUGAAUGUGGAAAAACCUUCAGCAACAAUUCUUGCCUUACUCUUCAUCAGAGAAUUCAUACUGGAGAAAAACCCUUUGAAUGUAAUGAAUGUGGAAAAGCAUUCAGCCAGAAAUCAAACCUUACUCUACAUAAGAGAAUUCAUACUGGAGAGAAACCCUUUGAGUGUAAUGAAUGUGGGAAAACCUUUAGCCAGAAAGGACACCUUAUUGAACAUCAGAGGAUUCAUGCUGGAGAAAAACCUUAUAAAUGUAAUGACUGUGGGAAAACCUUCAGCCAGAGAGGAAACCUUAAUGAACAUAAAAGAAUUCAUACUGGCGAAAAGCCCUUUGAAUGUAAUGAAUGUGGGAAAGCCUUCAGCCAGAGGGGACACCUUACUGAACAUCAAAUAAUGCAUGAUGGUGAUAAGCCCUAUAAAUGUAAUGAAUGUGGGAAAGAGUUCAGCCAUAGGACAUCCUUUAUUUAUCAUCAGAGAAUUCAUACAGGAGAAAAGCCCUAUGAGUGUAGUGAUUGUGGGAAAACCUUUAGCAAGAACUCAAAUCUUACUCUCCAUCAGAGAAUUCAUACUGGAGAGAAACCUUAUAAAUGUAAUGAAUGUGGAAAAGCUUUUAGCCAGAGAGGACAUUUUAAUGAACAUCAGAGAAUUCAUGCUGGAAAGAAACCUUAUAAAUGUGGUGAAUGUGGGAAAGCCUUUAGCAAAAACUCUAACCUUACUCUACAUCAGAGAAUUCAUACUGGAGAGAAACCUUAUGAAUGUAGUGAGUGUGGGAAAGCCUUCAGCAAGAAGGGUCACCUUACUGAACAUCAGAGAAUUCACGCUGGAGAAAAACCCUACAAGUGUAAUGAAUGUGGGAGAGCCUUCAGCCACAAAACAACCUUUAUUAAUCAUCAGAGAAUUCAUACUGGAGAGAAACCCUAUGAAUGUAAUGAAUGUGGAAAAGCUUUCAGCCAGAGAGGAAACCUUACUGAACAUAAAAGGAUUCACACUGGAGAGAAAUGCUUUGAGUGCAGUGAAUGUGGGAAAGCCUUCACUCAUGGGUCAUCUUUCAUUCAUCAUCAGAGACUUCAUACUGGGGAGAAAUUUCAUAAAUGUAAAGAAUGUGGAAAGUCUUUUACCUGCAGCUCAUCUCUUAAGUAUCACUAUAAAAUUCAUACUGGAGAAAAACCUUUUGAAUGUGAAGAAUGUGGAAAGGCCUUUAUUCUCCGAGCACAACUUACAUCACACCAGAGAAUUCAUUCUGGAGAGAAACCUUAUGAAUGUACUGAAUGUGGCAAAGCUUUUAGGUCCAACUCAUCUCUUACCUACCACCAGAAAAUUCAUACAGGUGAGAAACCUUAUCCAUGUAAUGAAUGUGGAAAGGCAUUCAGGUCGAAAACACAGCUUAAUUCCCAUCAGAGAAUUCAUACUGGAGAGAAACCUUAUGAGUGUAAUGAAUGUGGCAAGACCUUUGCCCAGAGCACACCACUUACUACCCACAGAAGAAUUCAUACUGGAGAGAAACCUUAUGAAUGUAAUGAAUGUGGCAAAGCUUUUAGAUAUAACUCAUCCUUUAUUUACCACCAGAGAAUUCAUGCUGGAGAGAAAUAUUGAUUUAAUAAAUAUGUAGAGGCCUUCCUUUGGGUAGAACAUGCCUUACUUCCUGUUGGAAAAUUCAUAUUAUCAAGAAACCUUAUGAAUGUAAUCAAUGUUAGGAAGUCUUUGGCUGAAGAACACAACUAGCAAAAUAUUCAUCCUAGGAAGAUUUCUGAAUGUGGAACAGCAUUCAUUUGAAGCUUAUCCCUUACCUGCUGCAAGAAAACUCAUAUUGUAGAGCAGCCCUGAAAGUGUAAGCAAUAAAUCAGAAAGCAUUAUUGCAGUUAGGACAGGAGUCUCAUGUUCAUUUCUCCCACCAUUUAGCAGUAAAUGCUUUCUAAAGGAGUAAUUUUAUGAAAACUCAGCAGCCACAACAAAAAAGAUGAAGGAUAACUCAUGCAUAAAACUGAUGUAUUUAAGCCACAUUUGCUGGGCUGAAAGUUUUGGUUUCAGUUAACUGACUUUUUGACUUCAUAUCAAGAUACAGAAACAGAAGUAAGUGCCAGUGGAUCCACAGAGAAAGCAUAGCUCAAAGGAAGAUCGCUGAUAUUUCCUUAUAUAUGGGGAAAAUCUUGCUUCCUCAUGUGGGCUGUGGUAUCGUCUUCAGUUUUCCCUAGUUCCAGAAUCUCUGCUGUGUGGAACCUAGGGGCCAGGCUUCUAUUUUGUUUCCAGAGGACUCUGCAGAAGCCUUUCUACAGACAAAAGGGAGAGCUUCUGAAGGGCCCCCCCUCAGCCUUAAGCAAAGGUAAUGAAGAGCAAGACUUCGGGCAUUUCCAACACAAGCAAAGCUAUGUAUCCAUGUUUCUGUCUAUCUAGAUCUCUCGAUACACACAUAGAGAGAGAGAUGUGUGUAUAUAUAAAGAUAUGUAGGUAUCAAUAUAAAGAUGUAACAUAGCCAUAGAUGAAGAAUUCAGAGAACAUGCAAAAACUUCUAUAAAGUGAUGGAAGGAAAAAAGUAUAACCUAAAGGAUAAUACACAUGUUGACUAUUAACGAUAUAAAUGGAGACAGCUUCAAAUGGUGUAAUGUGUGGUUAUUUCAUAUAUAUAUGUAUAUACAUAUGUCUUCUAAAUAAAUGUUUUCCUAACUAAAAUCGUAACACAGUAAAGAACAGAAGCAUACAAGACUUUAAGUGAAAUAGAGAAAACAGAAUCAAUGCAUCAAAUAUAAAGGGUAACUCAACCGGGGGGGAAAUCUUUGGCAUCUCAUAUUUCUAAUGAAGGUCUGAUGUCUAAAUAAAUGGGAAAUCACACAAAUAUGUGACUGAGAUCCACUCCUUACUAGAUAAGUGGUCAAAGAAUAUGGAGAAACAGAACUCAAAACUCAAAAGAACUGCAAACUAUUAUAAAGCAUGUAAAAAUUGUUCCAUAUCACUAAUAAUAAGAGAAAUACAAGUCAAAACAAAUCUGAGGUUUCACCUUACACUCAGCAAAUUGGCAAAGAUGACUAAAGAUCGAAGUCAGUGUUGGAGAGACUGAAAAGACAGGCACAAUAAUACGUUUGUGGAGUUAUGGUUCCAACUAUUCUGUAAAACAAUUUUGAAUUAUGUAAAAAGCUGACUUUUAAAUGUUCAUACCCUUUUACCAAGAGAUGUUACUGUUAGGCUUAUGCUAAAGAGAUCAAGGAUAGAAAGAAAGAAUCAAUGUAUAUCAAGAUAUUCAUAGCACUACUCUUCGUGGGUAGCAAAGAAGUAGAUAAAAAGUACAUGUCCAUUGAAUGAGGAUGGCUAAGUAAUUGUGGCACAUAAAUGUAAUGGAAUAUUAUUGCCUUGUAAAAAUGAUGAUUAGGAAUGCAAAGAAACAUUGGAAUAUUUGUCUGAACAAAUGCAGAAUGGGGUAAGUAGAACCAAGAAAACAGAACAACAACAAUGACAAAAACAAUGGAAAAUGUAAUGCUUUGUGUAAUUAUAAUAACCAGUCUUUUCCCCUGGAGAAGAGAUGAGGAGAUAAAUAUUCCUCCUUUCAUUGGGGAGAUGGGUAAUGGGCAUGGGGUGUUGAAUAUGCCAUUGGAUGUAGUCAGUGUAUUGAGUGGUUUUGUUAAAUUUCCUUUUUUCUUAGAAGGGAAGGCUCCCUGGGUAGAGGAGGAGAAAGGUGAAUUAUUAAGAAGUGACUUGUGAUACAAAAACAAAAGGCAUCAAUAAAAUUUUCUUUAAAAGUAA